CCCUCGCYGCUGCCUCUGAGGGCUGGGGACCGACUGCGCUUCCGGGGCCUGGGUCUGUCACCAUCUCCRAGGCUGCAUCCCAUAAAUCUGGGGUUCCUUGGGGGUGGACAUCCUUGGGAGCCUCCCGGAUUCACGUGUGAUGGCACGAUGGCACAAGACAGACAAGAGCGGCGUGGCUAUAUACAAUUUCAAAGGCACAGGGAUCCCACAGCUGCCUCUACAGAUUGGUGAUGUGGUCCAUAUCUUGGAGUCCUGCGAAGGUUGGUACAAGGGUUACCUUGUAAGGUACAAAGGAGCAGAGGGAAUAUUUCCUAAAUCCUUCAUCCACAUCAAGGAAGCUACUGCUGAAAAGAAAAGACAUACAGAAAAUGUCAUACCUGCUGAGAUUCCCUUAGUCCAAGAAGUCACCACUACUCUCUGGGAAUGGGGAAGCAUCUGGAAGCAGCUCUAUGUGACAAAUAAGAAAGCCCGGUUCCAGCAGGUGCAGUCCAUGAUGUGUGACUUGAUGGAGUGGCGGUCACAGCUUCUGUCCGGCACUUUGCCAAAAGAUGAGCUCAAAGAACUCAAACAGAAGGUCACAUCCAAAAUUGACUAUGGGAACAAAAUACUUGAGCUAGACCUGAUAGUUAGAGAUGAAGAUGGAAAUAUCUUGGAUCCAGAUAAAACCAGUGUUAUCAGCCUAUUUCAUGCACAUGAAGAAGCAACUAAUAAAAUCACUGAGAGAAUAAAGGAGGAAAUGUCCAAGGAUCAGCCAGAUUACGCACCGUACGCCCGAAUGUCUUCAUCCCCCACCCACAGYCUGUAUGUCUUUGUGAGGAAUUUUGUUUGCCGGAUUGGAGAGGAUGCAGAACUCUUUAUGUCACUGUAUGAUCCACAGAAAUCAACAAUUAUAAGCGAGAACUACUUGGUGAGAUGGGGGAGUCGAGGCUUUCCAAAGGAAAUUGAUAUGCUCAACAAUCUUAAAGUGGUGUUCACAGAUCUUGGAAAUAAAGACCUCAGUAGAGACAAAAUWUAUUUAGUUUGCCAAAUAGUCCGAGUUGGAAGGAUGGAUCUGAGAGACAGCAAUUCWAAGAAAUACACACAAGGGCUGCGUCGGCCUUUUGGAGUGGCAGUCAUGGAUAUUACAGAUAUCAUAAAAGGAAAAUCUGAAAGUGAUGAAGAAAAGCAGCAUUUCAUUCCCUUUCAUCCGGUAGUGGCAGAGAAUGACUUUUUACACAGUCUCCUAAGCAAAAUCACUGCAUCAAAAGGAGACAGUGGUGGACAAGGUCUGUGGGUAACUGUGAAGAUGCUGGUUGGAGAUGUGAUUCAGACUAGGAAGGAUUACCCACACCUUGUAGACAGAACCACCGUUGUUGCUAGAAAGCUGGGAUUCCCUGAAAUAAUCAUGCCAGGAGAUAUAAGAAAUGACAUCUAUAUUACACUGCUGUAUGGAGAUUUUGAUAAAUACAAUAAAACAACUCCGAGAAAUGUGGAAGUGAUAAUGUGUGUCUGUGAUGAAGAAGGAAAAGUGUUGCCAAAUGCUGUUUGCCUGGGAGCGGGGGACAAGCCCGUGAGCGAGUACAGAUCAGUUGUUUACUAUCAGGUCAAGCAGCCGCGUUGGAUGGAGACGCUGAAGGUAGCAGUCCCCAUUGAAGACAUGCAAAGGAUUCAUCUGCGCUUCAUGUUCAGGCACAGGUCAACUCAAGAAUCUAAAGAUAAGGGAGAAAAGAAUUUUGCAAUGGCCUAUAUAAGACUAAUGAAGGAGGAUGGAACAACUCUUCAAGAUGGUGUCCAUGAUUUGUUAGUCCUAAAGGGGGACAGUAAAAAAAUGGAGGAUGCUGGUGCUUAUCUGACAUUGCCUUUUACACGUCAGUACACAGAAAACAAAGGAGGGACCUUAGUCAGGAGCUCAAGUACUGUUGGAGGGCUUUCAGUCAGCUCACGAGAUGUAUUUUGCAUUUCAACCCUUGUUUGUUCUACAAAGCUAACUCAGAAUGUGGGCUUGCUGGGCCUCUUGAAAUGGCGCAUGAAGCCAGAGCUCCUCCAGGAGMACCUGGAAAAGCUGAAGAUCGUGGAUGGAGAGGAAGUUGUGAAGUUUCUCCAGGAUACAUUGGAUGCCCUGUUUAACAUCAUGAUGGAAUACUCCCACAGUAAUGAGUAUGACAUCCUUGUCUUUGAUGCCUUGAUCUAUAUCAUAGGGCUCAUUGCAGACCGAAAGUUUCARCACUUUAACACUGUUUUGGAAGCAUAUAUCCAACAGCAUUUCAGUGCAACAUUGGCAUACAAGAAAUUAAUGACUGUUCUGAAGACGUACUUGGAUACUUCCAGCCGAGGGGAGCAAUGUGAACCUAUCCUAAGAACUCUGAAAGCACUGGAAUAUGUCUUCAAGUUCAUUGUUAGAUCAAGGUCAUUAUUUUCACAAUUAUAUGAAGGCAAAGAACAAACAGAAUUUGAAGAGUCUAUGAGGAGACUCUUUGAAUCCAUCAACAACCUGAUGAAAAGUCAGCAUAAAACUGCCAUUUUGUUGCAGGUUGCUGCCUUGAAGUACAUCCCAUCAGUCCUUCACGAUGUUGAGAAGGUUUUUGAUGCCAAGUUACUGAGCCAACUACUGUAUGAAUUCUACACUUGCAUUCCACCAGUGAAACUACAGAAGCAGAAAGUGCAGUCCAUGAAGGAAAUUGUACRCAGCAACCUUUUUAAAAAACAAGAAUGCAGGGACAUUCUGCUUCCUGUGAUUACAAAAGAGCUGAGGGAAUUACUGGAACAGAAGGAGGAUCAGCAGCUCCAGGUCCAGGAGAGGAAGUACUGUGUUGAAUUACUUAACAGUAUCCUGGAGGUUCUGAGCUGUCAAGACCCUGCUUCCACUCAUCACCACAUUCAAGAAAUAAUGGUGCAGUUACUACGCACAGUGAACAAAACUGUCAUUAGAAUGGGACGAGAUCCAUUAAUUAGUCAYUUUGUGGCGUGCAUGACAGCGAUCCUAAACCAGAUGAACGACCAGCAUUAUUCAGUGUACAUUGAAACUUUUCAGACAAGUUCAGAACUAGUGGACUUCUUGAUGGAAACAUUCAUAAUGUUCAAAGAUCUCAUUGGGAAGAACGUUUACCCUUCGGACUGGAUGGCCAUGAGCAUGGUGCAGAACAGGGUGUUCUUGAGAGCCAUCAACAAAUUUGCAGAGACAAUGAACCAGAAGUUUUUGGAGAAYAUGAAUUUUGAAGUCCAGCUGUGGAACAACUAUUUUCAUUUGGCUGUGGCUUUUAUUACCCAAGAUUCACUACAGCUAGAAAACUUCUCCCACGCAAAAUACAACAAAAUCCAGAACAAAUAUGGAGAUAUGAGACGUUUAAUUGGCUUUGCUAUCCGUGACAUGUGGUACAAACUUGGCCAGAAUAAAAUUUGCUUUAUUCCGGGGAUGGUUGGGCCCAUCUUGGAAAUGACUCUUAUUCCAGAAGUUGAACUGCGAAAAGCCACGAUCCCAAUUUUCUUUGACAUGAUGCUGUGUGAAUAUCAGAGGACAGGAGAAUUCAAAAAGUUUGAAAAUGAAAUCAUUUUGAAGUUGGACCAUGAGGUGGAAGGAGGACGAGGGGAUGARCACUACAUGCAGCUGUUUGAGUCCAUCCUUUCAGAGUGUGCCCAUCAGCACCCUGGCAUUUCCAGCUCGGUGAGAAGCUUUGUGAUCCUGGUGAAAGGGCUCUUGGAGAGGCUGCUGGAUUAUCGCACCGUGAUGAGUGAUGAGAGCAAGGACAACCGCAUGAGCUGCACCGUGAACCUGCUGAAUUUCUACAAGAACAUUAACCGUGAAGAGAUGUACAUCAGGUAUUUGUAUAAAUURCGAGAUCUUCAUUUAGAUUGUGAGAAUUACACAGAAGCAGCAUAUACCCUUCUACUCCAUACGUGGCUCCUGAAGUGGUCGGAUGAGCAGUGUGCACCCCAAGUCAUGUCAACAGAGUUCCAGUGCUCACAGACCUACAGACACUUGAAAGAGAAUUUGUAUGAAAAGAUCAUAGAAUACUUUGACAAAGGAAAGAUGUGGGAAGAAGCCAUAUCUUUAUGCAAAGAACUUGCAGAGCAAUAUGAAAAGGAAGUUUUUGACUAUGAACUUCUAAGUCAAAACUUGAUCCAGCAAGCAAAGUUCUAUGAAAACAUCAUGAAAAUUUUGAGACCUAAACCAGACUAUUUUGCUGUCGGAUAUUAUGGCCAAGGAUUCCCAACAUUUCUGAGGAACAAAGUGUUCAUCUACCGUGGCAAGGAGUACGAGAGGAGGGAGGAUUUCCAGGCCCAGCUGAUGAGCCAAUUUCCCAGUGCUCAGAAGAUGAACACCACAGCAGCACCAGGAGAGGACGUGAGGAGCUCUCCUGGUCAAUAUAUUCAGUGUUUCACAGUGCAGCCAGUCCUGGAGGAGCAGCCUAGAUUCAAAAAUAAGGCAGUGCCUGAUCAAAUCAUAAACUUUUAUAAGUCGAACAACGUGCAACGGUUCCACUAUUCAAGACCAGUCAGAAAAGGAUCUGUUGACCCUGAAAAUGAAUUUGCUUCCAUGUGGAUUGAGAGGACGUCRUUUGUUACAGCCUACAAACUGCCGGGAAUUCUGCGCUGGUUUGAGGUGGUCUCCAUGUCUCAGCACAUAAUUAGUCCUUUAGAGAAUGCGAUUGAGACCAUGUCCAYGACAAAUGAAAAAAUUUUGAUGAUGAUUAACCAAUACCAGAGUGAUGAGAACCUUCCAAUUAAUCCACUUUCCAUGCUYCUGAAUGGAAUUGUUGAUCCAGCUGUCAUGGGUGGCUUUGCUAAAUAUGAGAAGGCUUUCUUUACGGAAGAAUAUAUCAGAGAGCAUCCAGAGGAUGAAGAAAAGCUGAACAAACUCAGAGAUCUGAUUGCUUGGCAGAUACCUUUCCUUGGGGCUGGAAUUAGAAUUCAUGAAAGAAGAGUUUCUGAAAGUCUUCGUCCUUUCCAUGACCGGAUGGAGGAAUGUUUCAUGAACUUAAAAGUUAAAGUGGAAAAACAAUAUGGAGCCAGAGAAUUGCCAGACUUUGAUGAGAAGAGGGUCGGACAGCCAAGGUCGAUGCUGAGAUCCUACCGUCAGUUAUCCAUUAUCUCCAUGUCUUCCAUGAAUUCAGACUGCAGUACUCCCAAAAAAAUCGCUUCAGAAAGCUUUGAUCUGGAAGCAGUGCUACCAAAGCAAGGAAAAGCAGAAUCAGAGGAGACUGCUCUGCAAAAUAAUCCUUAUCCUGAAGUCAAGAUGAGAAAGUCCAAAAAAAGAACAAAAAGAAGCAGUGUGGUAUUUGCUGAUGAGAAGACAGCGGCUGAUAUUUCUAUCUCUGACAUGAAAUGUCUAUCAAGGAAGUAUGAGUUCAUGAGUGACACCAAUCUCUCAGAGCAYGUGGUGGCACCUCAGAAAACUUCUGUCCUCAAGCAGAUGAGCACUGUCAGCCGCUCUAUGCCAACUAUCCCAGGAUUAACUCUGUCUGUCAGCACUGUGGCACCUGAUGAAACAAUUGCCUCACGUAGGCUGAGCCAGCCAGUGUUUCCUACCACCUCAGACAGUGACAAGAAAACCUCCAAAAAAAAGAAAAUGAACCUACUUAAAACAAUGCGCAUGUCCAAAGUUCUGGAAGAUGGAAAAYUGUCUGUGGAGCACUAUUUCCAACCCUCAUCGACAGAUCUGUGAUUAAUUUUUACAAGACCACAUCCCAAAUGAAAACAAUUAUAUCUACAUACGAAUAUUCUAUUUUAGAGCACCAUCUACUCUACAGAAAGGCACUGAUGGAGAAUAUGAACAACAGCACUCAUGAGCUCUGAUAAGUUACUUGUGAUACAGAUACAGGAAUAAUAUUUGAAGAAAAUACUGCAGGAUAUGUCCACUGGGAUCUGAAACAGAAGUCUCUGGUUAUAAGGUCAAAGGGAGCUGUGUGUUCCCUGGGGAUAAAGCUUGCUCCUGGGAAGUGAGAUGUAUGGAAAGGCCAACUGCAAUGCUCUCUAUGUAGUGCCAGUCAGGGUCUGUUCUUUCCAAAGAGCAGAGAGUUUGGGUUUUCUGGAGCUUGUACGGACACACUUCAGCUAUCCUUAAACCCUCGCUGGCAGUGUAGCCAAGGCAACAGAUGGCUCAGCACAAAAUAGCCACCGACGAUUUACUGUGUGGCUGUAGCUGGAUUUACAGCCCUCAGAGCCCUCUGCUGCUCCCAGCACACUGCUCUGUAUCUCAGCCUUUCCCGGGUGAUGUCCGUGACUCUGACACCGUAUGCCUGAGUUAUUUUCAGAACAGCAGAUAUUAUGUGGAAAACAUGCAAAAGUGUAUUUACACAUGUACAAAUUGACCUUACAUCCAGCAGCAUGAUGAACAAAAGCUGUGUUUUCUGCUGUUCAAUAAAAUGUUACGAAUCUGUUUUAUUUGCCCUGACCCUUUCUCCCUGACAUCUCCAGGUGUUAUUGUAUAAAAAGUAAUACUUUUUUACUGACAGCAAAUGGAACUCWAUGAGCCCAAGUUUUCUGGGUUUAGAUUGAUUUUCUGUGUCUUCUCAGCUCAUGAGGUAGAGYUGAGAGGUGAUGUCUCGCUGGUGUGAAGCUCCACAGCAUUGCAGGUCAGCACCUCAGGGGUUUUGUAACCUGUCAGCUCUUUCUACAGGCAGGUCUGUUAUGCAGACAGAGGGGUCUAAAAGGUGAAAGAUUUCCUUCACUCAUCCCUUUAUGUUUCAACUGUUACACAGGUUUAUACGAGGGAAAUAAAAUAUAACCAUGUACAGUGUUGUGGAUGGGAGACUGACCUUGUUGCCAUUUUUAUGGAUUUGGGAAAGGCAAAGAGGUUGAAGUUAUUCCUUGCUGUGGAGKUGAACCUAUGGAAAGAUAUCUGCAGUUUCUUUAAGCCUAAUUUUUCCUAUUAACACUUUAACAUACAGUGUGAAUAAUGAGUUUUAUGAAUUUAGACUCUCUUUUCAAAUUGUCAGAGUGAAGCUGUUUUCUACAGGAAUAGCUAAUGAUUGAUUUCUGUGAGAGAUUUGGAAUAUUUGCCACUGUAACUAAUGCUGCACCAAGAAAUACUUUUCACCAGAAUAGCCACAAACAGCAAAACAAAAUGGGCCCAGUUUUAGCACUAGCUACAGUGUUUGGCAUGAAUUCUUACAGACUUYUUGUGUGAUUUUGUUUCAUUUGCUUUCCACAGCAGCUUGAUACUGCUUCUGAAGUGGCACAGAGGAGGAACAAGGCUUUCCUAGGAAAAGGUCUUCUGUUUCAUAGAGAAGGCUAUCUGUGAGUGAGAGAAAGUAAAAGGUUGAARGGUGCAUGUUUAACAUCUUGCAAACCUGGUAGAAGAGGAGGGAGCUUCCUUYAAUAUGAUUUGCAGCUACCUUGAAUAUAUCACAAAAUAAACAUGUAUUUUAAAAGAAAAGGUUUGGUUCUACUGGAAACGAGUGAGAAAAGGAUGAUUUAGGAACUGUACAUUCUUUGUAAAAAAAUCUGUUAAAGGUUGUUUAUUAUAUCUUGCAGAUAUCA